GUUUACUUCCGCGUAUGCGCGCGCAUCUGUCUCCAAGUUAAACAAACAUGGAGGAUACAAGAAAUUUUUGUUAACAAUAUUUAGUUUGUUUGCACCGUUGUAUUUUAUUACAGUAAAACCUCAAAGUAGAUUUUCAAGAUGUCACGAGCUCAAGCAGAAAGUGUGAUUAAGAAUAUCAUCCGGGAGAUUGCCCAGGAAUGUGCCAGCAAGGGACAGGCUGUGUCUGAGACUCUCGUUGCAUUUAUGGUAAAAGCUGUGGUAUUAGAUCCUGCAAAUGAGUUCAAUGUAGACCGUACACUGACAAAAGAUGACGUGCAGAAAUUAAUAAGACUGUGUGUUGAUCGGUUGAUGGACUCACGGUCUCCAGCACUGGACACGGUCAAGAUGCAGGUCUACUUUGACAUGAACUACACCACCAGAGCUGACUUCUUGGAUGAACAUCGCCGCGUGCUUGAGUCUCGCUUGCAGCCGGUGUUACGAGAGAUCACAGACAGUCGAGCACGCACUCGGGAAGAACUUGAGAGUUUAUAUCGAAAGAUUGUCUCUGCUGUACUCCUGCGGUCAGGUCUUGGGAGUCCUACAGAUAUCGCAGUGGUCAGAGAAGCUACAGCGGCCCUUCAGAGCGUGUUUCCACAGACAGAGCUUGGGACAUUCAUGUCCUUAACAAAGCGUGACAAAGAGAGACAACUCCUCGAGCUGACCAUGAUUGUCACCGGAAUCCGCCUCUUCAACAAGGAGUGCGGCAAGGGAGGAGAGGGGAUUGAUGACUUGCCAGCCAUCCUGAAUGAGGCAGUUCCAGCCACAACACAAAAUGUGGAUGCUGAGAUUCAUGCAGCCCUGAGAUGUGCAAACAAAUAUACAGGCCUGAUAGAGAAAAUUCAGGGCGGUGAGAAUGGGGAGGGGCCAUCUGUACAGCUGCUCAAGGAGGCCCUGAUAAACUCCCGACAACAUGAGGCCUUCCUCAGGGUCAUACUGAAUGAUGUAAUCAGCUGUGCCCAGCAGGUGGAGAUGUUGGAGCAGCAGCUGGCUGCCCGCAUGGAGCAACUUCAGGCCACUGUACAGUCGAAAACAGCUGUCCCCACUGCCCAAGUCUAUCCCCAGUUUAUUCACCUGUCCCAGCUGUGGAGCGGCUUCCAGGAUGAAAUGGUCCUCUUGUCCGUCCUCUCUAACAUAUUGGCCAGUCUCGACCCAUUCACUAGGGGUCAUCGAGAGCUGUUUAAUGAUGAGGUACUGAUGCCGUUCCUCACUGGUGUCAACAUCAGGUCAGACGAACAGAGGAUUCAGGAGACAUCAGGCAAUGAAAAUCGAGUGAAUCCAAAUGAUUUCCGUGACCUGGAUUGGCUGUUCCCGGAAACCACGAAAAACUUCAACAAACUCCCACUGCAAUACAGAGGGUUCUGUGCAUGGGCUCUGGCGAAGUAUGACCGUCUCCUCCUGCCUGCAAACCCAGAAAUUGGUGUACUACGAUACAAAGACCACUACUACGCCUUCUCCUCUAAGAAAGCGGCCACAGAGUUUGCAGGGAAUGUUGAAGGGUAUAUCAACCAGGUGGCAGAGGGGGCAAAACGCAGCCCUGAGCUUAUACAGCUCCUUGAGCUACACACACAGUUUGCCACCAUUACACCUUAUUCUACUGGCAAAGACCAGGGCCGGAUGAUAGAGAAGCCGGUGACCAAGUGUGACAGUGGCACACAGACAGACACACAUAUCCUUGAGUCAAACAUUGUCAAGUCAUAUGAAUGGAACGAGUGGGAGCUGAGGCGCAAGGCCAUCAAACUGGCUAACCUGCGUACCCGGGUAACACACUCCAUGCAGACAGACCUCAGCAACAUGCGCCGUGACACAGCCAUACAAGUCUGGCCACCAAAGGAACAAGAGACACAAACAAAGACAGACAGCUACACGAACGUUCCAAAACCGUCUGUGUUCCUGGCUGGCCUGCGGGGUGGUGGCAUGUCUGAGCCAACUGUCAUGACCAAGAUGGACCUCACUAUUGAUGUUGACCAGACGUAACCAUGCCAAUAAUAGCUGGGAGAGUACAUGGGCACGGACACUUAGUCAUUGUGAUAUAUACCUAAAAAUGUUGGGUGUAAUUGUUUUUAUUUAUCUGUGAGGACAUGUUUAUAUAUCUGUUUAUGACUAAAUAAAAUAUGAAAUAUUGUCAAAAAUGGUUUACCUUGUA